CUGACUGAUCACUGAGAACCUUCCUAGACUUUUGUUCGCUAGUAAUCCGUCCUAACAUGCCAACGAACUCGUCACUCGACGCCUCACCGUACACCGAGAGAUCUACACAUUCUUCCGUUCUAUGGGCACAUCUGUUACGCAAAGAGAACUUCUCACCGACUCCCGCCUCUACAGUUCCUCUACCUCCACUAGGUCCAAUGGAUAAGACUGCAACAUCUACCCGGAUACUUCUGCAUGAUACACAGGCGAAUCUCCAACAGUUUGCCGAAAGCGUCGACAAAAUGACCCAUGGCCUCAACGCGACCAAGCAAGAAAUAUACUCGGUCAGGACUUUAUUCAAGGAAGAACAUGAAACACUUGUGGGAGAGAUGGUUAAUCUCGUGAAUCGUUGCCAAACUGAAAUCAAGAAACCUCUCGGUCAUCCUGCGCAAGCCGACAAACUCGAAGAAUUCCAGAGGAUUCUCGAAUUACGUCUAGAUAAUUUGGAUAAACGAUUGGACAUACUGCAAAUGCUACAGGCAACCCACUCUCAGACCCUUCAGACCCAAGAUCAACUCCUCCUGUCACUGAAGGACCAGCAAACCGUGAUAAUAGCUUCCGUUUCGCCUCUCCUACCACUUCUUCAAGCUCUUCCACUUCAAAUUGAAUCUAUCCGCAAUGCGGUGAAUGAACUGACGAGCAAGGCUCUGGAUUCCACAAGAACCUAUGUUAACUCCGGCAACCCCGGUUCAAGAAGUAUACCAAUGACUCCCAUACACAAACGGGCGACACUAGUAACAUCCGAACAGGGGUCGUCCGGCAGAAAACGCCGUCGCAUGGAUGAAAAUAUUCACGAACUUUUACCGUCAGGCAAGACUCCCACCGUUACCAAGGCUGCUGUAUUCUCAACUUCGGUUCGUGGUGCUUCUAUAAGUCGCCGCGAAACUAUUACAUCUCGACAGUCGCUUGCUACUAUUGUGCAAUCACCUAAACCUCAGACUCCAUCUACUAUCUCGAACACUCCGGCCCUGAUCAAGGCGACUAUCAGAACCAGUCCUCCUGCCAUCUCAAAUUCAGAGCCAUCUGACUCGCUUUUCCGCAUACCCGCUAUCCCUGCUACUACUCCUCAACCUCUCUUCAAAGGCGCCGUGAGGUCGCCGUCUUCAGCACAAACAGAGCCGAAGUCUGUCCGGGCAGUUGCUAUUGCUCCUACCAGCCGCCUCGCCACCCCGGUAACAAAGCGAACAACACCCAUGAUUGACGGCGCGACUCCUUCGCGGCCUCCAGUCCUUCCUUCUCCCCGUCACUUCCACCAAACGCCUAGUAAUAGUGAUCUUCGUCAUGAUCCACUACAUCUACCGACUACCCCCGGAUCGCAGCCCCAUACUCUUGCCCGCACUACGUUAAGGGUACCAAUGACGGCUCAUCGUCUUACCACUGCCGUACCGCUCAGACAACGACGUUCACCUUUUAGAGAAGGAAGACGUUUCAUUCCUUUAAAUGAUUCAGACGAUUCAGACGAAUAGUAUGUGGGUGGGAAGAAAGGGCGUCUGGCUCCCCGUCAAUUCUGCAGAGAUCAUACGUAGAAUGCUAAUAGUAAUGCUUCUUUUCUGUUUCAUUCCUAUCAUGCUUUAUUUUUGUAAUCAC